GCAGGCUAGACGUCAGGUCAUUUCAGUACAACGGACUGUCUCAGGUCAUACAGUGGGAAGUGAAAGUACAGUUGUCGCAAACAUGGCUAGUAGAAUUCUCCUCCGAACUUGCAAAACUAUCCAAUUAGCCAGAAUUAAUGUUCCGAUGAGAUUGCCACAAAGGGCAUUGGCCGCAGGAAAAGGAAUACCGACAGAUGAGGAGCAGGCGGCCGGUUUGGAGAGGCGCAUUCUGCAGUCGCUGAAGAAGGGAAAGGAUCCUUACAGCAUCUUCAAACCAAAACAUUAUGCUGGAACAAGAGCGGACCCACAUAUUGUUCCCAGCACGCAAAAUAAGCGUAUUGUCGGCUGUCUUUGUGAGGAGGACAACACGCAAAUAGUGUGGUUCUGGGUUCACGAAGGGAGACCUCAGCGUUGCCCUUCCUGUGGCUCCCACUAUCAGCUGAUCCACCAUGACCUGCCUCAUUAGAGGGCCUCUCCGAGCGCAGACCACUACUGCCUGGACCACAACCAGCCCGAGGGACACUCUGAUGGUGUCCACUGUAAAAGAAUGUGUAUGUUCUGAUUACUUCAUUAAAGUACUUCUAAUGCUACAAAAAGGAAUGUCUUUAUGGCAAUUUAUGUCAUUCAGCUCCUGCUCAUUGAAACACUUCCUCUAUUUCUCUGUAUAUCAACUGGUAAAUAAAAUGAAUUUAAUAUUAA